AUGUCAGCCCCAGCAGUUGAAAUCAUAAAAGUACCCAAAAAAAGAAACAGAAGAAUUCCGGAUGACCAAAGACAAAAAGUAUCCAGUGCUUGUGACAACUGCAAAAAAAGGAAGUUUAAAUGUUCAGGAGAAAAGCCUUGUUUUGAGUGCCUGAAGAAAGGAUAUGAUUGUACAUAUACAAUCAUUGAUAAACGGUCUUUAAGAGGUGAAAGAAUGGCAAAAUUAAAACAAAAGAAGGACAACGAUGAGAAACAAAGAGAAUCACUUAACGAGCAAUUUACUCAAAGCUCUAAUGUCCAACCACAUAUUAAUCCAGCUUUACCCAUUCUGGAGUAUGCCAACCUAGUCUACCAAAGUUCUCGACACUCGCCAGUAAGUGGAAACGAUGGACAUUAUAGCAUGUAUCAUUUACCGUCACAAUCUCUGAUACCCCAGAGCCUACCUACUAUUGUUCUUCCAGACCCGAUAAAAGAUGCAAGAAGUCGUGGAAUCUUAACACCUGGAUCCACUCCAAAUUCAGUGUCAUCAGAAUCCAGUGCCAGCAGUGUUUGUGUUCCAAAAUCUUUGCAACCUUUGCUCUCUUUCCCAUUAGAAAAUAAUAAUAACUUGAGACAUAAAUCUGAAGAACCGGAAAUGGAUAAUAAUGCUAUCAAUGUGUCUAAAAAGGGCGGUAUUUCCAACCAAGACGGCAAAAGUGCAAUAUUAUUGGUAGAUAAAUCUGGUAUCUUUAGGUACAUGGGAGAAACCAGUCCCUUAUCGGUCUUGUACGAAGCGAGGGGGAUAUUCUAUGAGUAUGUUGGUUCUACGAAAUUAACCGAGGAUCUUCGUGGUUGUCCUGUAAUCGAUAAACCAUUGAAAAUCACAUUGAAAGAAGUAGUUCCGUUGCCACCUCCAAAUGAAAGAGAUGUCUAUAUAGAGCAAUUCAAGGUAAACAUUAAUGGGGCUUAUUUCAUGUUUGAUAUAGAUAGAUUUUACGAAGAUAUUGUCGACAAGGUAUAUCAAAAUCCAAACAGUGAAGCGGUACAAGAAAGUCGAGUGUUGUUGUAUUUUGUUUUGGCGAUUGGAUCUACGUACAAAGACUUUAGUGAAAAAAACCCACAGGCAGAGAAGGGAGCACUUUAUUUUCAAAGUGGAAGAUUGAUACUACGUGAUUUGGUAGAAGACUCGGCCAUGUGGUGUGUUUUAUGUCAUUAUUUGCAAUUCCAUUAUUAUGAGUCCAUAUUGAAGAAAUCCACAGCUUUGCUGCAUUUAAGCAUGGCAAUUAAUUAUGCACAAUCCUUGGGAUUACAUCGCAACUUUGUUAAUGAACAGUUCUCAAAAAUAACAUCUGAAUACGAGUAUCGCAAAAAGCUUUUUCGAAGCCUUUACAUAUCUGAUCGUAUAUCAUCGGUGUUCAUUGGUAGACCGCUAAUAAUUAACGAUUAUGAUUGGGAUGAUCCAGCGCGGUUUAAACGUUCAGACGCUUCUGGUGUACCAGUCGACUUCAAUUCCAAAUGUCAUAUCGAACUUACGCGAAUAUGCACUUUAGUUGGAAGAAUAGUCGCCAAUUUUUAUCAAGAUAAAAUGAUAGAUGUGAAGAAAACUAAAAAUUUAGCCAUACAGUUGAGGCUAUGGUUGAAAAGUUUAGACCCAGACUUAGCGUUUAACAAUAUAUUGAAGCCUUCAGAACUAUCUAACAACGAAGAUAAUGCCAACACUGUAAUAUUGUUGGGUAUUCAUGUAUUGCAUUUAUGGGCAAUUAUGUUGUUGAGUCGCCCCUUUUUUAUGUUUGAAGCUGUCAGUAAAUUAAAUCCCGAGAUGCGUAAAUCGUUUGAAGAAGAAGAAUUAAGCAAACAAUUAUGCCAAGCAGCUACAAAGGCUUCUAUAUUAGCAAUUAAGUUAAUGACUCAUUAUAUCAACACUACAUUCCACGAAAUGAAGCGUAUGGAGUGUUAUGUGAUUAUAACUUGUUGCUUUUACGCAUCGAUCAUACUAGGUAUUACUAUUCUCAGUGGGACAUCAGAGGAUGCGGGUUACACUGAAAAUGAUUUAAUGAAUCUGUUGAAAGACGCUCAAUAUAUUAUGUCGCAAUUUUCAGUUUGCAACAAAGGUGCCGAGAGGUAUUCAGAAAUAAACAGAGAUUUAAUCUCGGCGUUGAUCAAUCGACACAAGAGUAAGGAAUUGAAACCAGUAUUGGACAAUUGGAGCUGUGAUUUGUUUACUGAUUUUAGUUUUAUGGAUAGGUCUGGUCAAAAUGAUGUUCAGACAAUGAUGGAAUUUCAACAAUUUUUUGUCUCUCUGGAUCUUAUACAAUUUGAAGAAAUUAAUGAUGGAUCCAGUUGUUUACCGUUUGAUUAUAACAAUUAUAAUUUGUUUUUCGGAGACAAAUUGUAA